CCAGCACAGCUGAUCAUAUAUUUUGCCUAAAAAAUGUCACCUCUGUCAUGAUGCUGUUAUAUUGAUUUGGUAAAAUUGCAAGAAGAAAGAAAAAAAUACGAAAAAUAGCUAGGUUGUUUUAAAUGAUAUAAAAAAUUGAACAUCUAAAUGGAUACUUCUCAAUGUGGUUGUCGUCCAGCCGUAGCACCUGCAACUCAGUGGUGGCACUGGAGGAUGUCGAGUAAAGUGUAUGUCGCAUUACGUUAUUUAUUUUGUGGUGUUUGUAUGCUGUUGGCUCUUAAUUUGUUAAUUGACUAUUUUGCUGAUAAAUCUAAUGUCUCAUCAUCAUUUACUAGAUUGGGGUUACGCAAAACCUACAAAUACAAUGGCACCGUACUAAACCAAACCAUAAUAAAUAAUAAAGAUAGCAACAACAACCACAGCAAUUCCUUGCCAUUAGCUGCAACAUCAAACUCUGCUAAUGCUACAACACUAUAUUCUAAUGCUUCCAACAACAAUAACAAUAUUAAUUAUCUAGAAAACAGCAACGGCAGCAUAAGGAUUAAUACCAGCAAAGAAUUACAAAAUGCAACAGCUUUAUCAAUAUGUGAGGAUCCUGUUAUUGAAGAGAGUAGUCCCUUUGUACCUAAUAUUACUUUAGAAUCUCUAGAUGUUGUCGAUGCUCAAUUGGGUCCUCUAUUGGAGCCAGGCGGUGCUUUCAAACCAAAAGACUGUAUAGCCCGGCAUCAUGUUGCUAUUGUGGUGCCUUUUCGCGAUCGUUACGCACAUCUUUCGAUCUUCCUGCGCAACAUACAUCCAUUUCUUAUGCAACAACAUAUUGCCUAUAGAAUUUUCAUAGUCGAACAAACAAAUGGCAAGCCUUUCAAUAGGGCUGCUCUAAUGAAUAUUGGCUUCCUGGAAGCCAUGAAACUUUAUAAAUGGGACUGUUUUAUAUUCCAUGAUGUCGAUCUGUUGCCGCUGGAUAAUCGCAAUUUGUAUAAUUGUCCGCGACAGCCGCGACACAUGUCGGUGGCCAUAGAUAAAUUUAAUUAUAAGUUGCCUUAUCGAACAAUAUUUGGAGGUGUAUCUGCUAUGACCAGGGAACACUUUUUAACGGUUAAUGGAUUUUCAAAUUCAUACUUCGGUUGGGGUGGUGAAGAUGAUGAUAUGUCGAAUAGGUAAGUAGUA